UUCACGCCGCCUCUAAACCCAAAGUCACAACAAACGCUGUUUCCUAAUGGGAAUACGUGUUCUUUUUUGUUACGCUUACAUAUCAAUUUGUCUUUAUUGUUUAAAUUUGCGAUACUGAUAUAAAUAUGAGUCAGCGGCAGGUUUUGCAAGUGUUUGAGCAGUACCAGAAGGCAAGAACACAAUUUGUGCAAACUGUAGCAGAUCUGGCAACAAGGCCACAGAAUAUCGAAACACUUCAACAUGCUGGUGUAAUGUCCCUUUUGAGGCCUCUCCUCUUGGAUGCGGUCCCAACUAUUCAGCAGACAGCAGCUCUGGCUCUCGGAAGGCUUGCCAACUAUAACGAUGACCUGGCUGAGGCUGUAGUAAAAGGAGACAUUCUUCCACAGCUUGUGUACUCCCUGGCUGAGCAAAACCGAUUCUACAAGAAAGCUGCUGCUUUCGUCCUUCGCGCUGUUGCUAAGCACUCCCCCGAGCUGGCCCAGGCAGUGGUGGACUGUGGAGCACUGGACGCUCUUGUCAUUUCCCUGGAGGAGUUUGACCCUGGGGUCAAAGAGGCUGCUGCAUGGGCACUGGGUUACAUUGCCAGACACAAUGAACAGCUGGCUCAGGCAGUGGUAGAUGCUGGAGUUGCGCCUCUACUCGUGUUAUGUAUUCAGGAGCCUGAAAUCGCCCUAAAGAGGGUUGCCGCCUCUUCUUUGAGUGACAUAGCCAAGCACUCUCCUGAGCUGGCUCAUACAGUGGUAGAGACAGGAGCCAUCGCUCACUUAGCACAGAUGAUUUUAAACCCUGAUUCCAAACUGAAGAGACAGGUUUUCUCAGCUCUCGGCCAAAUUGCCAAGCAUUCUGUAGACCUAGCAGAGAUGGUGGUGGAGGCCGAGAUAUUUCCCGCUGCACUGGCUUCCCUCAAGGACCCAGAUGAAUAUGUUCGAAAGAAUGUCACCACUCUUAUUCGAGAAAUCACCAAACACAGCCCUGAGCUGGCCCAGAUAAUAGUGCAUGUGGGGGGCGUAGCAGCUGUGAUUGACUACCUUGGGGAAUCCAAAGGGAAUGUACGCCUCCCGGGGAUCAUGAUGUUGGGCUAUGUGGCUGCACAUUCAGAGAAUUUAGCCAUGGCUGUGAUUGUAUCUAAGGGAGUGCCACAGUUGGCAAUCUGCCUGGAGGAAGAACGGGAAGAUCAUAUCAAGGCAGCCACGGCCUGGGCGUUUGGCCAGAUCGGUCGCCACACACCUGAGCAUGCACGAGCUGUUGCCGUGGCCAAUGUGUUCCCCAAACUCCUGCAUUUGUAUUUGAACACUCAAAACUCUGAAGACCUGCAGGUCAAGGCCAAGAAGGCCUUGAAGAGCAUCCUUCAAAAGUGCACUUAUCUGCCGGCACUAGAGCCUCUUCUCUAUGAAGCUCCCAGCAACAUUCUUAAACAUGUCAUAUGUCAAUUCAGCAAGGUUCUUCCUCAUGACAGUAAGGCACGACGCUUGUUUGUUACCAGUGGGGGUCUGAAGAAAGUACAGGAGAUCAAAGCAGAACCCGGUUCUGCAAUUCAGGAAUAUAUCGAUGCAAUUAACAGCUGCUACCCCGAGGAGAUUGUCAGGUUCAUGCAUAUGAGUACUAUUCCCCUGGUUACUCCGAGGCUUUGCUGGAAAGGAUUGACAACUAUCAACCAGUUUGAUCCUGUGCAACCUUUUUUAAAUGAGAACACUUAUUGGAGCACUAAUCAUAUCUGCAAAAUCUAUUAUAUUAAAGGUGUAAUAUUAAAAUGAAUGCAUCAUCAUCAUCUUGUACAGUCUAAAUAAUUCAAUUUUGUUUAUUUAGUUGAUGUCUCAAAAGCAGCAUAAUUCAAAUAUCUGCUGAAAUCUGAUUCAUUUUUAUUUAUUCAUUAUUAUUAUUAUUUAAGAGCUACUAUAUAACAGACACUUUUUUUGAUGCAUAUAAAAUGUAUCAGUCUAUCUUGCUGUAAUAAAAGCAUAAGCCUACACUGUUAAAUUAAUGAUUUGGUAUUAACCUGCUGCCUCAGGUUUACCUGGUUUCUUGGCUUUCAAAAGCACUUGUUGCUAGUAAAUUGAGCCAUCCCAUUUAAGAGGGUUAUGAUUAUAAAGACAUCGUGUCUGGCUUGGUCUUGCGUUUAUUGUAGCAUUUGCUGCCGGACAUUUUGAAAAAGGUUUAAUCCUUAUAUACUGAUAUAAUCCAAAGGACCGCCUGAAGAGUAGGCUAUACGAUAACAGGCCUAUAACUUUAGAGCAGUGGUUCUCAAACUUUUUGGCAUUGUAUGGUGCUUCCCUCCAAUGAGAAUUCAUGACAUUUGUGAAUUAAACAAAACAUAUUAAAUUAUACAAUGCAGUGCUGUUGGUUAGUAGCCAAAUUUUUUGAAGUCUAAUUACACAGAAUGUUAGGCCUAAAUUAAUGUAUUUUACAAGAUGUCAUAAAACUGGGGCCCCCUGGCACCAUCUCG